CGCUGCGUGGGAGCAAAACAGUAGGCGGUCUAAGCGAAUUGCGCAAAGUCGACAUCAAGCUAAGAACGGCUGCUGCCGCUUCUCAUAGAGGACGAUAUGGACUUGUAGCAGGCGCAGGUGGGAGAUUUGGUGUCUCCUCGUCUGGUGGGCAUGAUCGAGUGGACAACAUGGACGUGGCAGGAGCGCCUCCAAGCUCAUUGAAUUACCACGCGGGAGCAGGCUCAUCUACUCAAAAUGUGCCAUCAAUCCAACUAGCAUCCAGAAAAGCUCUGGGUGAAUACACCUACGUCGACUACGAAGAUCAAAAUUUACUAGCACAACAAGGAAACCACGAGGCACAACCACAACGAGAGCCACAGCGUCGAAAUGAUCUUUAUGACCAACAACAGCAUAUGCAUAAUAUCAACAGAUCUGAACAAGGCGCAACUGGAAGCGCUGCUCGAACUGGGAGUCGCGAAGCGGAAGCCUCAGGUGGAG